AUGUGUUCCAUUUGCUUACAUUUCAUAAGAAAUUCUUCCAUCACCCUUCAUGUCACAACCCCAAAAGAUGAAAUGCAAUGGUGGGUGUUUAAUUGUGAUGGUUGUUUAGUGAAAAGCACGUGUCGUGUUUACAUGUCAAGUUUUGUUUCAAUAAAUACUUCCAAAGGUGAACUGGAAAUGGAAUAA